UCAGACGUUCUCAGCUACAGCACCCCCUCUGGUGGAGCCUGGUAAAGCAUGUGUUUGGUGUUGCCAGGAGACUUCUUCAAACAGAGACAAGUCUCUGCUGUAUUCACUUCCCCUGAAAGACCUUUUAAUUAUGGAAGUUAUGGAAAACUCUGAUGAGUCUCAUGAGAGGGAGAGGCUGAAGAUGAGGAUUGCUGUUUUGGAGGAGAGUGUGAAGUCCUGUGAGGUAGAGUGUAAAGCCAGCAGAGAGACGGUGCUGAGGCUGGUGGCAGAGCUGGACCGAGAGAGGAGGAAGUCUUCCAGCAGUGCAGCAGCACUCGAUUCACUCAAAGAGGAGUUAGACGGUCUGGUGGUGGGAAGGAAUAGUGUUGAGCUGGAGAAGGGAACCCUGAUGGAGAGGCUUGACGCCAGCAAGAGAGUCAUAGAGGCAGCUAGGCGAGAGUCCCACUGUUUGGAGAACCAAGUGGAGGAGCUUGAAAGAAAGCUACAUUACAGCCAAGGAGAGACCCAGGGAGCUGAGGAGAAACUACAGAUGUUCCUGAAAAAGAUGGCAGGCCUGCUGCAGCGGAAGUCUGAGAAUGUCAUCCUGCCCACAGAGGAAAAUGUUUUACACCAACUGGAUAACCUCUGCAAUAAGUCUUUGUCAGAGAUGGAGACCAGACUGUGCCAUGUCUCUGAGGAGCUGAGCGAGCAGACGGAGCUCAAGCACAGUGCACUGCAGAGGGCUCAUCUUGCAGAGCAGCAAGUCCAGGACCUGAGGGAAAGGCUGCAAGGUCUGGAGACUGAGCUGUUGGCAGCAGAUGUGCAUCGUGACGGGCUGAGGCACAGCAAACAGCAUUAUGAAGAGUUCCUGGAACAGCUGUCAGAGACAAUGAAGGUUGACAGUAUUGCUGUGGAUCUAGGCUUCGACAUGAGGCUAAAACUCAUCCUGUCACGUGCAGAGCAGCUUCUUAAACAAGAGACAAGUGCUUUAGUGGAGAGCAAAAGUCUGACCUACAGUCUACAGCGAAAGUUUAAGUCACAGAAAGACCAAUUAGAGAGCAAAGGACUCCACAUCCAGUUCCUGAGGAAGAAGGUGUCUGAGCUGGAGGAGGAGAAGAGGAGUCGAUCAGCAUUGGCUGUGCGAGAUGAUGCUCAUCUGGAGGCCAGGAGGCUGCAGAAAAAACUGGAGCGUCUCCAAGGAGAGCUGAGGGCUGCCAAGCUGUCCAACACUGAGCUCAAGGCCCAGCUGUCCCACACCAAUGAGCUCAAGUUGAGAGUCAUGGAACAGAGUCAGACCAUGCAGGAGCAGAAAAAGAGGCUGGAUCAGCUGGUGGACGGGAAGGCCAAGGUGGAGAAGAAGCUGAACACAGUGAGCUCAGACCUGCAGAACCAAGAGAUGAAGACCAGAGAGGACCAGCAACAACUCAACACCCUCAGACAGAGCCUGACCCAGCUGUCUGAGAGGGAGAGAGAGUUGGUGGAUUUCCGGAUGGUUGUUUCCCAGAUGUUGGGUCUGGAUGCCACAUCCCUAGCUCUUCCAAAUUAUGAAAUCAUCAAAUUACUGGAAAACCUUCUUCACGCUCAUCAUCACCAUCACCACCUUCAUCAUCACGUUAAUAUGCCCUGGCACUGUCCUACUCACCAGAGGCCUCAUCUCCCCCAAAUCCAGAACCUUCCUGACAGCUCAGCGGAUAUUUCUACCUCCAGGUCUGCUUAUCCAGGGGAUGCACUUCCCCUUCACGAAGCCUAGAUUUAUACAUUACACUUAAGCCAAACUGCACUUAAA